AUGUCCGGCGAAGUUGUAGUAGACGCGUUACCUUACAUUGACCAAGGUUAUGAUGACCCAGGAGUCAGGGAAGCCGCCCUGGCUAUGGUAGAAGAAGAAUGUCGGAGGUACAGACCGACUAAGAACUAUUUAGAAAAUGCUGGCCCUGAGCCCAGUACAGCAUUCGAGACGCCAGCUUUACAGAGAGAAAUGGAGAGGGUGCAGCAACGUCUUCCCAUGGAACCACUGUCUAUGAAACGUUAUGAACUGCCCCCACCUCCAGCGGGACGUCUGGGUGAACCAACAGCCUGGGCAGAGUCAGUAGACAACUCCCACGCACAGCUGUCUCACCAAGCUAUCAGAGUGUUGAAUCUGGAGCUACAAUUACAGUAUGGCUCAGAAGCAUGGCGGUCCUACCUCAACACACUGCAGGCACUCGUCACACGGUCACAGAAUGUGCAUGGCCAGUUAAGAAAACAAAUUGCAUCUGUUAACUGGGAGAGAAAACGAUCUCAAACUGCGAGUGGUGCAAGACUAAGAGCCUUGAGAAGACGAUGGGCGCAGCUUGUAUCAGACAACUACCGACUUGAACGCGCCAUUAUGCAGCUCGAAAUACAAUUACAGAAGGCGAAAGGAGAAGCACCUGCUGAUGAUGGUGAACCUGCAGACCUGGAAUCUGUCAAGAACCUGCCAGACAAACUUAAUUCCGAAACAGAGAAGGAAGUACAAAAGAAGAUUGAGGACAUGUUUGCAGAUUAG